CUUCGCCCGCCCCCCUCCCAGCUCGCAUGCCGCCAGUUUGUUAAAUUAAUGCAGUAAGAAAGUCUGAAGAUCUGAGGGAGUCCUGGCCAAAGGAAGAUGGGCGAGCUCAGAAAAUCGAGAUUCAUCUGAAGCCCUGGGCUCCUCAGCCCCGCGGGGUCGCCAUGGACCCUGACAGCCCCUGAAACUUGCCCUGAGCUCUCUCAUGCCUGCAGCCCUAAGCAAUGGGACACCCUUCCUGCAGCGAUCAUAACUUAUUCGGCGGGGACCAGAGAACAGGGAUCGCAAGGCGACAACAGACUCGCACGCAGGCAGGGAAACGAGAUUCCGGGACUCGGUCGCGAUGCGCCAGCCUGGCACAUUCUCCGGAAUUUAACUGAAGGCAGCACCGUCAAUCGCUUCCCCUGGCCCCUAGCCCCCUCAGGCCAGCCCAGGGGCAUAAAGCCCUGCUCUCUCUACCCAAGAUGCUCGCCCAAUCUAACGGUCGGAGGCCAGCGCUCUGAUCGCCACAGAAGAUUUUUUUCCCUUGCAUGGAGCUGGCCGUUUAAACAGAAAAACAGGGGUAAAAAAGAAUAUAUACCCACCCCCAAACGUGCCUCCCCAGCGCCGCAGGGAGCCAACAGACAAGCUGGAGUUUAACAAACAGCAAUACUCUUCGCGCUCCUGAAAAGCAGGGCUGGACGCUCUCCGUGGUGCUGAAACGCUUCACGGCUGCCUCUGUCCGUGGUACCUACAGCCCCCUCGUUCCAAUUUCCCCUGGGGCUCUCCCUCCGCGCCCCUGUUCUCCACCUCCCCUUAGCAUCUGGAUUAUUUUUUCAAUAGCGCUCGCUGGUUUUGUAAGUGCCAAUUUGAAACAUUUUUUACCCUCAUAACUCGUGGACUACAAAGCACAAGGACCUGAAAAAUGUACAGCUUCAAUACUCUUCGACUCUACCUUUGGGAGACCAUUGUAUUCUUCAGCCUUGCUGCUUCGAAGGAGGCUGACGCUGCCCGCUCCGCGCCCAAGCCUAUGUCACCCUCGGAUUUCCUGGAUAAGCUCAUGGGGAGAACCUCUGGAUACGAUGCCAGGAUCAGGCCCAACUUCAAAGGUCCCCCGGUGAAUGUGAGCUGCAACAUUUUCAUCAACAGCUUCGGCUCCAUUGCUGAGACAACCAUGGACUAUAGGGUCAACAUCUUCCUGCGGCAGCAGUGGAACGACCCCCGGCUGGCCUACAAUGAGUACCCGGAUGACUCUCUGGACCUGGACCCAUCCAUGUUGGAUUCCAUCUGGAAACCCGACCUGUUCUUCGCCAACGAGAAGGGGGCCCACUUCCACGAGAUUACCACAGACAACAAACUGCUGAGGAUCUCCCGGAACGGAAAUGUCCUCUAUAGCAUCAGAAUCACCCUGACACUGGCCUGCCCCAUGGACUUAAAGAAUUUCCCCAUGGACGUCCAGACGUGUAUCAUGCAACUGGAAAGCUUUGGCUAUACCAUGAAUGACCUGAUCUUCGAGUGGCAGGAGCAGGGAGCUGUGCAGGUGGCAGAUGGACUAACUCUACCCCAGUUUAUCCUGAAAGAAGAGAAGGACUUGAGAUAUUGCACGAAGCAUUACAACACAGGGAAAUUCACCUGCAUUGAGGCCCGAUUCCACCUGGAGCGACAGAUGGGCUACUACCUGAUCCAGAUGUACAUUCCCAGCCUGCUCAUUGUCAUCCUUUCAUGGAUAUCCUUCUGGAUCAACAUGGAUGCCGCGCCAGCCCGUGUGGGCCUGGGCAUCACCACUGUGCUCACCAUGACCACCCAGAGCUCUGGCUCCCGAGCAUCCCUGCCCAAGGUGUCCUAUGUGAAAGCCAUUGACAUUUGGAUGGCGGUGUGCCUGCUCUUCGUGUUCUCAGCCCUGCUUGAGUAUGCCGCUGUCAACUUUGUGUCUCGGCAGCACAAAGAGCUGCUCCGAUUCAGGAGGAAGCGAAGACAUCACAAGAGCCCCAUGCUGAAUCUGUUCCAGGAGGAUGAGGCCGGAGAAGGCCGCUUCAACUUCUCUGCUUAUGGGAUGGGCCCAGCCUGUCUGCAGGCCAAGGAUGGCAUCUCAGUCAAAGGCGCCAAUAACAACAAUACCACCAACCCCCCUCCCGCACCGUCUAAGUCCCCAGAGGAGAUGCGAAAACUCUUCAUCCAGAGGGCCAAGAAGAUUGACAAAAUAUCCCGCAUUGGCUUCCCCAUGGCCUUCCUCAUCUUCAACAUGUUCUACUGGAUCAUCUACAAGAUUGUCCGCAGGGAGGACGUCCACAACCAGUGACGGGUCUGGGAUGGGGCGGGAGUGGGGGAGGCUGGGAGAGGGCAGAAUGGAAAUAGCACAGGAAUCUGAGAGCCUAAGGAAGAGAAGGGGAAGAGAGGGAGGGGGCACACAUACACAACUCCCUCUUUCUCUGAAAAAUGUGCAAUAGCAAAAUGCAGUGAUGCAUGAAUCUUAGAAUGUGGCACUAUCUAUUUAACCUCGGGU